AUGAAGCCUGAUCCCAUUCUUUUACCUCCUCAUGGUUACCAACCUUCUAUUUCUCCAGUAUUGCAGCAACAGCAGCUAGAACGUUAUUCAGUCUUUGUGAUACCAAUCCCUACAUCAUCCGCUCUCGUAGAACCAAUAAUCGUCAACUUAUCCAACAGCCUACAUCCGCCAUUUCUUCCCAUAACUCUCAAACUCAACUCACCAAUUUCAGCCUUCUUAGGGGAAGUUAGAGGAAAACCAUCUUUUCCUUCAUUGGAUGAUCGAGAAAUGGGAAUGAAGCUCAUUAAUCCUUCACUCCCCUUCCUCUACCUUCUCUACCCCACCCGCCUCAAAACAUUGAGCGUCACCCACGGACCGGCUAGUCCUAACACCCCUCUACCUCUUCAUUUCCCUAAGCCAAAAAAACAGAAUAUGGAACGGCGUCGGCGAGUGUGUAUGUCCAACAAAUUUUCCGCCCUCUACGACCUUUCUGUUUCCCUCGUAGGCGAAAAACCUCUCUUCAACAGAGGAGUCAUUCGAAGGAUAGCGACCGGAAGUGCGGAUCUCGGCUUCCGCGUCGAAAAGCCGGCACCAAAUGGUGAUCGCUUCAAUAUCGAUGGCAGUGCCUUUCCCGUUAUCUAUACACCGUGUCAGCAACGCGGGUGCAGGAAGAAGGAAAGCGUUGUUGGCGGUGUCGACAACAUCAUUUCUCCCCCGAUCGAUAUUACAGUCCCUCCCUCUUCCUCUGGCCAACUGCUCAAACAACCGAGGGAACCGGCACCAACCCUCUUUAUAGGAGCGGUGGAUGAAGUGAAAUUGAUAGCUCUUAACACUGCGAGGCAACUCAACGAAGUGCAAAAUGAAGGAGGCCAACAUGAGUCACUGGUGAGACUAUGUCAAGUAUGCGUCUCCUCACAACGUCUGCAUGUCCCAACGCGACCAACUGACCCCAAAGUCGGAACUCCACUGGGUACCUCAGUUGGUGCGUGUGUGUGUGUGCUGCGUGCGUGA